GGUUAGUGUCAGGAUUCAAACUUACAACCACUGGAGUGAAGAAACCAAGAGUUGUCCAUUACAAGGCUCCAAUAUAAAGAUUACAGAGAUGGCAUGUACAGACACUGAGGAAAUUAAGACUGAUUUCUUACAAUAUGAAAAGACAGAAGAUAAAGUGGAAUACCUAAAACAGGUGACUGAGACAGUGUCCAAACAUUGUAACGCAAGUAUUCCUCUCAGAAAGCCAGAGGGUUCUGAGUGGAAGAUAGGGGGCCAAGAUGUAACGUGCUACAGUGAAGACGAUGGAACAGUUAAGGAGUGGGGGAUCUUCUAUCUACCUGAGAUUGUGAAGAUGGAGAUAUUGGGAGCUGUGGAGAACCUCCCCUUCCCAACUGAGUGUGGCCAACUGGUCAUAAUGCUUUGUGAGGACCGCCAUGUGUAUGCUUACGAUGGAGAGGAGAUGCACCUGGUCGCUUCGAGCCUGAAGGACCUCUUUGACUCUGGGCUUCAAUAUCCUGGCUUCAGUAUCUACUACAGAGGGGAGUGCUUUAAAGACAUGACGAAGGCGGACUGGGACAAAGUGAGACAGGGCAAAGUGGGGAGGAAACUGGAAAAGGAGCAUCAGGAAUUACUGAAAACAUUGCAGCAACGGCUGAAACUCAUCCAAAGCCCUCAGGCCUCAGAUGCCAGUUGUAAUCCUGAACUACGGGAACCCCAGGAAGUACUGUGAUGGAAAUUCCAUGUAUCGACACUCGGAGACAGAAACCAAGAAGAUAGUAUAACAAGGAUGGAAUUGUUUCUGAAGAAAAAAGAUACAUUUAGAACCAAUGCCAUCAAAAUCAUCAUCAAGAUUUUGGAUCUAUUCAACAAUCGUAUAUCUGAUAUCAGGGAAUAUCUGGACGAGGUAUGUAUCCCUUUUUAAAGCAUAGCCACAGUUUGGCAGUUUGUUUCAAACUUGUUUGGCAGUUUCAGUUACCCCCCUCUGACAGUCUUGGUAAAUGUGCUUGAAGAGAUGAGGGUGCAGCUUUUCCAUUUAACAAUUAUUUUUUUUUAACCAAUAGAACAGUGGCUCCCAACCUUUUUCAGUUAUUGUACUCCCCAAAAAGAUUUUGCAAUGUUUGAUGUACCCCUCUUGUCAAUUUCACUAGUAAGCCUAUGGUAUCAUGAGUGUUUGCAAGUACCCCCUGUGGAGAGGCCAGGUACCCCCAGGGGUCCUAGUACCCCUGGUUGGGAACCACUGCAAUAGAAAGUCUGCCUUUCAGGAUGUGCUUUUGUAUGCAACCAAAAUAAUUAUUAGGUAAUUACAAAUUGUGAAACUCCAUAAUUUCACUAUUGCAGUAGAUAUUUUAUGGACACACUCCUUUAAGUCAAUGUUUAGUUCAGAUAUCUUGUGUUUGCAUCAAGUACUUAAUGCAUAUAGGAAAUGUUUUAGUACUUCAUUUGUACUUUUCAUAUCAAACUUCUAUGCCUUUAAGAUACUCCACAGCAUCUGCUUUUUAGGCUGGAUUGAUCAGAUGAAGUGGACCCCAGAUAAAAUCUUUGGUAGAACUCUAACGGAUUCGAGGUUGGCUCAUCUAAGAGGAUGGCAGGUUUACAAUACUCGGCUUCCAAAACGGACUCCGUUUUCCUGUCUGCUGGAUAUGGUGGUCAUCUACUGCCAGGA